UAAAAAUCCCUUUCCAACAGACAAAAAUGGCCGACGCAUUGAAAAAUAUUUCUAAUUCAAAUUCAUUCAAUUUCUUGUACAAAACAUCGUAUUCUGGAGUCUAUUACUAACUGUACAUGUACAACGCAAUCAUGGCUAACUAGAAAUUCACAGAUCGCGUGUCUUUUCCCGUCCUGGCGUAUCGUAUAAAGCGCGAGAAUACACUUAGCGAUUUCGUCACAGAAAUUUUAAUCAAGUGACACAAAAUGUCUAAAGCCACAAAGAGAAAGCAUGUCACUCGUGAAGUCCUUGACGAAUUUGUGACACCAGAAGAGAAACAAAUUAUUGUUAAGGUAAAACAUGUCUUUCUUACGAUUUUAUUAAAAAAAUAUGGUGCAAUAAUAGAUUUUUAAAUCAACAAUUUUGUUUCCAAUUAUCCAUAAAUGACCCUACCUUAAUCCUUACAUAUCCAUAAUAUCAUCGCCAAAUACCCACAACUAACCUUAAAUAUCCCUAUUUUAUUUUAUCCAUAGAUUACUGGAAGUAGAGGCAAUAACCUGCAUGAGGCAGAGACUCCGAGUGGCGAUCAUUUCCUCAUAAGCAUGCCUUCAAAAUUUCGAAAAAAUGUCUGGAUAAAACGAGGUAUUGCCUACGAGAUAACCACCCUAUUAAUUUGUUUUGAGUUUUUAACCGAUUAGUAUGCAAGGGUCCGCUAUUGAUGAGCAAAAGGAAGUCGUAAGGCAAUCGAGUCGUUAUUAGUGAUUGACUGAUUGUUGAGAAAAUACACACUUUAACAAUUAUGCAUUGCACGUUGGUACACGUUGUGUUUUAUUGCAAUCUGUUAAAUUACAAAUCAUGUGAAACUACACUGACUGCCAUUGAUUUCAAAUAAGAACUGCUGAUCACUCAAUAGGCAUCUGCUACGGCUCAAUUGACUUCUAGUUGGCAUCCGUGUUAUCAAAAACGUCGCUUGCUUGAGCUCUCUAUUGAUAUAAAAUUGCACUGCAUGUAGCGACACUAAUUUAAAAGGCUGUCUAUGGUAUUUUAUUUUAAUAAAUUUCAAAACUUUUCAGGAGAUUUUGUAAUUGUUGAUCCAAUUGAGGAAGGAACUAAAGUGCGUGCAGAAAUAGCUCAUAUAUUGUACCCCCAGCAAGUGAAAUAUCUCAAGAAAGAAGGAUUGUGGUAAGCUAUGUACAAAAUAAUAUUGUUAUAAUUAGCCUUUCUCACACCGCCAUUUUUGGGGUACUGUAAUUUUUUGUAAACGAUUAUAACAAUGUGAAAAGCAAUAUUUAAGAACAAACUAACUAUUUACAGAGUAAAUUUACCAUCAUACACCCACAAAAUUAUGAAAUGUCACCGGUACGUGGUGUUACACUCGCAGGAUUGGCAAAAAAGUACCCAAAAAAUGGCGGCGUGAGAAAGGCUAAUUAAGCUCAGUCUUUAAGUUUGCUGACAAGCAAUGAUGCAAGACAUCGGACUGAAUAUGAAAGGGUCACUCUACAUGUCAUGGUUUGUGUUUGAAUUACUUGCACCUUAACAUACCACAUACCAUGUCAGUUUGGCACAGCCCUUCCCGAAAAAGAUUGCUCUUGAAAUAAUUUUAUUCUCAUCUUAUUUUGUGAUAAUUUCUAGGCCUGAAAAGUUUCUGGAGAAAGCAUUUGAUGAAAAUGGUCAUCCUGAACCAGUAGUGUAUGGCAACACAAUGAAAGAAAGACAUAGAAGCAAAUGCAAUCAAAAGUUGAGCUCUGACAGCGAAAGUGAAACAGAUGAUGAUCUGUUUGUCAAUCCAAACCACAUUCAAUCACUGGUUAUUCAUUCAGACUCCAGUGAUGAUGACGAGAUCAGUGGUGAUGACAGCAGUGUUGACGAAGACAGUGAUGUAGAUUGUCUGAGCAAUGAAGAUGUGCCAAUUAAAACCAUAAUUGAUAAUAAUAACACAAAUUAGAAUAUUUUACAACAACAUAUUCUAUUAAUGAAUAUGACCAUGCUAUUGCCAGGACAAUUAAGUUUAAUUAAUUGAUGAAAAAAUGUAAUAUUAAAACAUAAAUAAAGUUAGAAACUGGCCUGGUUUUGUGAUAGGCUCUUUAUUUUAUUUAUACUAUCCAACAUUCCAUCAUAUCCUACUAUAAAGCUGAAUCAUACAAUUCAAGACAAUAUAUAUACGGUUCCGGAAAGUAGUGACAUCAC